CGGACAUUUGCGCAAUAGGCCGCAUGCGGGCGCUUAUGUUUUUAAAUAAUAUAUAAGAUUUAACAUGUGUGCGGCCAAGAAGUGUCUUUUAAUUCUGGGUAUCAUUGGUCUUACACUUCAAGUGGAUGGGGUGGACAAGUAUACAGAUGAAAACAGGCCAUAUGAAUUCGGUUUUUCAAUAGACGGCGAACAGCAUCGCCACGAGAAAAAAGAUGAGAAUGGAAUUAUUAUGGGAGAGUUUGGAUUCAUAACAGCUGAUGGAGUGUAUCACGUCACCGUGUACGCUACUGAUGAACAAGGACGUUUCAAAAUAUUGUCUAUGAAAAAUAUCCGCGUAAAACCAUAUCCCUCAGCCGCUUCUCAAAACGCCCGGCAAGGACAUUCUUUGUCAUUGCCAAAUACUCAGAACAGUUUACCAGCAUCAUCAAGUGGAAUUUCAACUCCAACGAAUGAAGCAAAACAACAACUUCAAACACAAUUCACUCAACCUGAGAAUCAUCAAAAUUCUAAAGUGUCAACGUUCCAAUUACCACCUGCGUCACCGGUUAAAUCAUGCUCUCAUUGUAGCUUACCAACUACGACAACAUUAGCACCUAAAUUUGCAAACCCAAUAUCACAAUCAUUUGAUUCGCAAAUAAAUCAAGCAGAAACUUUGUCAAGUUUUAACAAUGAUCAAAAUAAAAAUGUACAAAACACAGAAAACAAUAAUUACAACCAAAAUACGUAUAGUAAUGGACAACCAAAUAACCCUUCAUAUGGUAUAAAUAACAACCCAAUACUAAACAAUGGACCUAAUACUCAAUAUCCUCAAGAUUACAAUUCUAAUGUCCAGAAUUCGCAAAGUGUGUCACAAAGUGGAUAUGGAUUGGAAAAUAAUCCUUCAUAUGGAAAUGUGGCUCCCUCACCAGAAGGAUUAAAUCAACAAAUAUCUAAUUUCAAUAGCAAUAUCAAUCAAUAUUCUAACGGUUUAAGAAAUGAUGGCGUUUCAUCAUAUCCAGGUACAAUACCAGACACACAAGUAAAUGCUCAGAAACCAAAUGAAUUUGCAAACCCAAUAUCACAAUCAUAUGGUUCAAAAUUUGAAAAUAACCCAACAGGUUUUUCAGGAAGCCGUAACCCAAAAAGAUAUGAACCAGAAUCUGGAUUAGUUGGUCCCCAAAAUGCAUUGCCAGGAAUAAAUCGAAAUGCAUUAGAGUCAACAAAUUUACCUGAAAUACCGCCGGAAAAACCUAUGCUUAUUUCAGCACAAAUGCAAAUUGUCGAUAAGAACACAGAUAUUUACCACAAAAACCCAGGUGAAAGCGAUGGCUUACCAGAAGGCGUCACUAAAGAUUAUAUGGAGCGAGUUUUAUACGUGUUCAAUUAUACGGUUGGAUUCCAUGGACAUUUCGAGAAGGGUUAUGCCAAUGGUGCAAAGCAAGGUUAUUAUUAUGUAACAGGCAGAAAUGGUGUAAGAACUCGUGUUGAUUAUGAAGCUGAUGAAAAGGGAUUCCGUCCGAAAAUUAGUCAAGAAGUGCUUGAUUUAUUAUCUGAUGAAGUGCCAAAACCUGAGACAGAAAAGGAACCAAAAUAUGGGCUCAAGAGUUAUGAAUUUAAGUGGCUGUAUUUUCCAGUUGAAUCAAAGCAACAAAAAUAGUUUAUAAAAUAUCUGCCAAUUAUAUACUACGAUACCAAUCCCUCAGACUGGGAAGACUGAAAAUUCUCAAUAUUUUACAAACAACACAACGUUGUCUAUUAUUUAAAUUAUAACGACACGAUGGUCAGCUCCGAGUAAAAAUAGAACGGACAUUAAUUUAUUAUUUUAUAAGAUAGUAACUCUUAUAAUAUAAUUUUAUUAUCACUGCCACUUGUUACUGCCAAUAUUUAUUGGUGCUCAAAUAUGUAAGUUAAUAUAAUGAACUAUGUUUAUGUGUAAAGCGCGUCACACACGGUGAAGAUACUAUAAUAUUUUAUGUUAAGAUUCUCUAAUAAAAAACGUUAUAGUAUCUUAAGGUAUCCGGUAUCAGCAUUCUGACC